AUGGCAUCAAACGCCGUUACUACUCAGGAUAAACAAUUUCCAGGUGAUCGUACAGCACCUAAAUCUUCACUUCGUCUUGAACAGGUUUAUGGUUAUCGAUCAGCAAAUUGUCGAAGUAAUCUUCUGUUAACUGAAAAUGGUGAACUUGUUUAUUUUUCUGCUGCUGUUGCUAUUGUUCAAAAUAUAAGUGAGAAAGAUAAUGGUCGACAACGAUUUUUUCUUGGUCAUGAUGAUGAUAUUAUCAGUUCAUGUCUUCACCCUCAGAAAAAAAUUGUCGCUACUGGACAAAUUGGUAAAGAUGCACGAAUUUGUAUAUGGAAUAGUCAAGAAAAUAUGAAAUUAGAAAGUCUUUUACAAGGACAUACAGGCGGAGUUGGAGCAAUGAGUUUUAAUUCGGAUGCCGAUGGCGAGAAAUUAGCUAGUGUUGGUAUUGAUGAUGAAAACACAGUUAAAGUUUGGCAAUGGCGUCGUGGAAAAAUUUUAGCAACAGUUUCAGGUCAUUUGGAACGUAUUUUUGAUAUUUGUUAUUUUGGUGAUCGUGUUAUUACUUGUGGUGUUAAACAUAUUCGUUUUUGGACAUUACUUGGUAAUACAUUACAAUGUAAAGAAGGACAAUUCGGAAAAUCAGAAGCAACAACACUUUUAUGUAUUGGACAUUUUGGACGAACAAAUGAAGAAAAUAUAUGUUUCACUGGGGCUAUUAAUGGUGAUAUUAUUAUAUGGAAAAAGAAUGCAAUUGAUAAAAUUAUUGAUGGUGCACAUCAUUCAACAAUUUAUUCAAUUGAUAUAACUUCUGAUGGUUUCUUAACAAGUAGUAAAGAUGGUUUUGUUAAAGAAUGGACAAAAGAUUAUGUUCCAACUGGACAAAUGUGUCAAAUACCAUGUUUAAUGAAUGAUACUCACGAAAUUACUGUAUGUAGUGUUGUUUCACGUAAUGGUUAUGUUGUUGCUGGUACUCGUGAUUGUGAAAUCUAUGGAUUUGAAUUACAUGGAGUUGGUAUUCCUCAACUUAUUAUUCAAGGUCACCAUGAUACUAGUUUAACUGCAUUAGCUUGUCAUCCACGAGAAAAUAUUUUUGUUACUGGUGGAGAUGAUUGUUCACUUAGAUUUUGGAAUGCUGAAAAAAUGUCAUUGAUUACAUUUUAUACAAUGCCUUAUGCUCCAAUAUCACCGGCACCUACUAUUCGAUCUAUAGCUUUUUCAUCUGAUGGAGGUCAAUUUGCUGUUGGUUAUGAAGAUGGUUCUGUUGAAAUUUAUCCAACAAACUUAAAACCACAUAAUGAAGUGCGAGUUGCACCGAUAGGAAUACUUCGUGAUCGUACAGAUCGUAUACAAGCAUUAGUAUUUUCUCCAAAUGGUCGAUAUCUUGCUGUUGGUUGUAUUGAUGGACACUUUGAUCUCUAUGAUGUCAAAAAUAAAUUUGAGAAUUUACAUUCAAAACCUAACUCUGACAGUUCAAGUGUUACACAUAUCGACUGGACUGACGAUGAUAAAUAUGUACAGUACAGUGGCGAAUCUAGAAAAGUUUUUGUUGUUAAAGCAUCUUCUCUUGAAAUUCUAAGUGAAACUGAAGCUGGUAAAAUUCAUAAUUGGGCUACAUUUACAAGUUUAAGACAUGCAGAAGUUCGUGGAAUAUGGAAUAAAUUUGCUGAAAAAACUGAUAUUGUUGCUAUUGAUGGAAAUAAUCAUCUAGGUGUUAUUGCUGCAGGUGAUGAAAUUGGUCUUAUCAAAUUAUUUCGUUUUCCAAGUGAACAAAAAGGUGCUCAUUUUAGAAAAUAUGUUGGACAUUCAAGUCGAAUUGUUGAUGUUCGUUUUCUUCAUGAUACAAGUCGUUUAAUAACAAUUGGAAGUGAUGAUCGUACAAUAUUACAAUGGAAUUUUCGAUCAGAAUCUGAUUCAAUUGCACUAGCUGAUGCAAGACGAAUGAGUGUUCUACCAGUAUCAUCAAGAAUUGGAGGUGAUGAAACAGUUAAUUUAGAUGAAAUAGAUGGAACUAUCGAAGAAGCACAAUUAUUAGAAAGUACUCAACAUGGUGGAGCUUAUUUAGAUUCAGAUUCUGAAGAUUCAGAUUCCGAUUUAAGUGGUGGAGAAAUCGAUUCUGAUAUUGAAAAAGAGAAACAAAUCAAUUAUGAUCGUACUUUAUAUCGAGAAGAUUAUCAAAAAAUAAAAAAAACAGCAAAAAAAGAAUUAGCGCCAGGUGAAAAAAGAAAAAAACAACCAGAUGAAGGUCUUACACUUGAUUAUGUAUUUGGAUAUCGUGGUUAUGAUUGUCGAGAUAAUGUUUUCUGGUUGAAAACUAAUGAAAUUGUUUAUCAUGUAGCUGCACUUGGCAUUGUUUUAAAUACAGAACAAAAUACACAAAAAUUUUAUAAUUAUCAUACAGAUGAUAUUCUAUGUUUAGCAGUUUCACCAGAUAUGUCAGUCGUUGCUACAGGACAAGUAAGAAGUUAUAUUACAUUUCUAGCUGAGAUGGAUUUGAAUAAUACUACUACAAUUCGACCACCAUCAAGAACACCUAAAAGUGGAAGAAAAUAA